UAAGAUUAUAAGAAAUGCAUGCAAAUUAACCCGCUCAAGUAUCCUAUUUCAAAGCUGUAAUCUCAAAAUCUCUUUCACUCUCGUUGUGCGAUGGAGAAUAGUAAGCAACCGCUUCUCUCCCCAAGAGAUGAUGGAGACCAAUUACAAUCACUUCCAAAAGAAACCAACAACUCCAUCUCCUCCAUCACCUUCACCGCUGGAGCUGAUGACAUCCCUCCGAUCACCGGCCUCCGUGACUUCUCCAGAGAGUUCUACAGAGAAUCCAAGAAGCUAUGGUACCUUGCCGGACCUGCCAUCUUCACCUCCAUCUGCCAAUACUCUCUCGGCGCCAUCACUCAAGUCUUUUCCGGCCAUGUCAGCACCAUCGCCCUCGCUGCUGUAUCCGUCGAGAACUCUGUCAUCGCCGGCUUCUCAUUCGGUCUCAUGCUUGGAAUGGGAAGCGCCCUGGAGACACUGUGCGGGCAAGCCUAUGGAGCUGGACAACUUGACAUGUUAGGGAUCUAUAUGCAAAGAUCUUGGGUUAUUCUCAACACUACGGCUUUAAUGCUUAUGUUUGUAUACAUAUUUGCUCAACAACUUCUGAGUUUAAUAGGGCAGACGGCAGCGAUAUCAAAGGCGGCGGGGACAUUCGCCAUCUGGAUGAUUCCACAACUAUUUGCAUACGCAGUGAAUUUCCCUAUGGCAAAGUUUUUACAGGCUCAGAGCAAGAUGAUGGUCAUGGCUGUGAUUGCGGCUGCCGCCUUGAUAUUGCAUACUUUUUUUAGUUGGUUAUUGAUGUUGAAACUCGAUUGGGGUCUGGUGGGUGCGGCUGUGGUACUAAAUGUAUCCUGGUGGUUAAUUGAUGCAGCUCAACUGGUUUAUAUUUUCAGUGGGACUUGCGGGCGAGCUUGGACUGGAUUUUCAUGGAAGUCCUUUCAGAAUUUGUGGGGUUUUGUUCGGUUGUCUUUGGCGUCAGCUGUCAUGCUCUGCUUGGAGGUAUGGUACUUUAUGGCAUUAAUACUGUUUGCUGGAUAUUUAAAAAACGCCGAGGUUUCUGUAGAUGCUUUGUCCAUUUGCAUGAACAUAUUGGGGUGGACUGUUAUGGUGGCUCUGGGAAUGAAUGCAGCUGUAAGUGUGAGAGUGUCAAAUGAACUAGGGGCAGGUCACCCAAGAACUGCAAAAUUUUCAUUAGUGGUGGCUGUAAUAUCUGCAUUUUUGAUAAGCCUUGUCCUCUCAAUUAUUCUGAUCCUUACACGGGACAAGUACCCAACAUUAUUUUCAAGUGAUUCAGAAGUUAUAGCUGUUGUUAAUGACCUGACUCCGAUGCUGGCUCUCUGUAUCGUCAUUAACAAUAUUCAACCAGUUCUCUCUGGGGUGGCCAUUGGAGCUGGAUGGCAAGCUGUUGUUGCCUAUGUAAACAUUGGGUGUUACUAUGUAUUUGGCAUUCCUUUGGGCCUCAUACUGGGUUACAAGGUUGGCUGGGGUGUUCUGGGGAUCUGGUGUGGAAUGCUAUCGGGGACAGUCGUACAGACUUGUGUGCUUUUCGGGAUGAUUUAUAAAACCAACUGGAACAAAGAGGCUUCUAUUGCUGAAGACAGAAUAAGGAAAUGGGGAGGGGAAACAAAUUCCAAAGAAGAUGCAGAAAACUAAAAGGGAUUUUGAAGAACGUACGGGCACAGCUUCAUUUUUGACAAAAUUAAAUAUUAAAUUGCGAUGAUGUUUUAGAUUGAUUAAUAACAAAUAAUCCCAUUGGCAAUUGAAUCCCGAUUGUGAUGAUUCACCUUAGAA